UACAUAGUAUGUCACUGAUGUGAGCUAGGUCUGUGUACGCUGUAUCAUGUACUUGUAGAAAUAAUGAUCAUCAUUAUUAUUAUUUUAGCAAGAUGUGCUUGUAAAUUUUCCUGCAGCUGCUACUGGAAUCCCGUCACUGACUCUUAUAGGGUGUCUGCGUGUCUUGCUUUCCAAAGACUUUCAGUGGCAAGGUUCACUUUUCCCUCUUAAUUAGUAUUUAUUGAAUUUUCUUUUAAAGAAUAUUUAUUUCAUUUACCGCCCAUAUUUGUGCAAUAUUUAUACCCCAACACUGGAAAAUAAGGCUUAAAACAACUUCUCACGUUGAAACCCUUAACAACAACAACAGAAGUAGUUUUACAUAUAUUGCAUGUGUUUUUGAAGACAAGAAGAGGAAGAAAACUAUCAUAGUACAGCUAGUCCAUGGGAAUAGGUUUUGAAUGUGAAGGAAGACUAACAUUGAAAGUGGUAUUUAUGGACCAGCAUAUAGGUACCAUGAGUUACAGCAAAAUGGAUGAUGGUUCAGUAGGUACCAAUAAGACAUUCAUUAAUAAGACAUUUGUCAUUAACGACGACUCUUACAUUAAAGCUGAGAAACCCAUAAUCAUAGAGGACCUGGCAGAUAUAGAUGAUGAUACUUAUGUAUAUUGUGAGACCGAAAUUGACCAGAUUGGAGUGGAUGGAACAGACGAUGUAAGACAAAUCAUUACUGUAUCCCAAGAUGAGGACAAUGAAAACACUGUCUGCCGAGUCUGCAGUAAGACAUACAAAAAUAAGAGUAGCUUAGCUACUCAUCUACGUGUCAAACACAAUCUCUCGACAGAAACCCGUGCCAAAAUGCCAUGUUUGGAAUCUGGUUGUGACUUUCGUGGGAAUCGAAUUGCCAGACUUAUUUCUCACCUGAUUCGAGCUCACAAGAUGAAAUUCCAGUGUGAGAAAGUGACGUUUCAACAGAAAGAUGAUUUUUGGAAAUGGAAAAAAGAGGCCGAGGAGAGGUGUCGAGCAUCAUAUUCAGCUCAAACUUCAGCAAAAACAAUGGUGUCUGGAAAUGUUAAAUUUUUUCUUCGUUGUCGUCGUAGUGGUUUUAUAAAACCUGUAGAUUCUAAGACAUCAAUGUCACGUGCACGUUUUGUAAAGAAAAACAGUAUGAAGAUUAAUGCUGUGUGCACAUCAUUUAUGGAAGUGAUUUUCUUAAAGGAAGGAGGAGCCACAGUUCACUUCUGUAGGACACAUUAUGGUCAUGAUGAAGAUGGUUCUCAUCUUAGGAUGAACACUGAGGAAAAGGAGAUGAUCAAAGAACUUAUUCUUGAGGGCUAUUCUGCUUCAAAAAUCAUUGCCAUAAUGAAAAUGCGUAUGCCUACUCAUCGUCACCAGCUCUUAAAGUAUGCCAAUGUUCGUAAUAUAUCUGUUAGACAGAAUCUUUUUAUGACUCGGGGCAAGGGACUUGUCGGAAGUAGUCGUAGGGUAUUUUUAAGGAAAAUACCGAAGUGCCUUUUGGUUAGACCAGGAGAGGAUUCUUCCAUGAGUUUGCAGGUCGAAAAUGAGAUUGAGGUGAAAGCAGAGAUAUCAGAAGCUGAUAAUUCUCAUCCAACUUUAAUUAUUCAGACUUACUCUCAAGAAAAUAAUGAGCACCAGGAAUUGAAACAGUUAAGGAAUGACAUUCAAACAAAAAUUGAAAGAAUAUCUCGGUUGACAUCAGGCUUGGUUUCAGACACAGCAUUAAGACAUUUAGGCGAGAGUCUAGAUAGUAUUACAAAAGCCUUGGAAAAGGAGAAACGUAUUGAAGUUAUCCCAGAAAAUUCUGAAGCCACAAGUAUAAAACAGAAUAUUAUUUUGCAUAAAGAUCCUGAUGGAAAUACUGUCUUACUUCUGUGUUCCAAUAAAAAUAUUGAGGAUUUAGUAGCUGAUAAAAGUCUGAAUGUAGACUUGAGGAGAGCAAAUUUUUGUGUAAGUAUAAAAAAAGAAAUGUAAAUAGUACUAAUAAUAGUAUAAAAUAAUAUUGUUUAAGUCACCUUUAAUCUUUCAGCAGUACUUAUGGCCAGUUCUGAAGCAGAAUAAAGGUUAUACUGCUGAAAAAGAAUAAAGACAGACACAUGUAGUAGAACAAGUUUUUGUCAAGACAACAUUUUACUCAAAGGAGAGUUAAAGUAAUAACUUGAAAAAGAACUCUACAGCAGAACUUGUCAUGAGAAAGGUUUGUUCUAUAGUGCUACUUGGGUAUUUGUCUCCAGUUCUGAAAUUAAUAAAAACUGAAUUAAUGCAUAUCAUCAGGGAUAGUUCAGGAUUUAAGUUUUCUUCAGAUUAUAUUUUUGGAGGGUUGUAGUGGAGUAUAUUGAUGUUUUAUAAUUUAUUAUAAUGAUUUUAGUACAGUACAUUGAUGUUUGAUAAUAUAUUCUGAUGAUUUCUUUUUGGCUGAUUACUAGAGAUUUUUUUAUAAUUUUUAUUAUAUUACAUUACCAUACAGUUUAAUAAUGAGUUUUAUUAAAGAAGAUUUUAUUGAAUUAUUGUGUACUGUCUACUCCAGAGAAUUCAGCUGCCCUCAUUUGUUUUUAGGCUAUACAGAAAUAACCUGCACUUAGGAGACUGAAAAUUAUGACAGUGUUUCACUCAACUUAUACCAUAAGUCAUGAGUGUGACUUGUAACUUAAUGUUGGACUAAAAUGUCGUCAUAAGUUUCAAUCUUCUAAAUGUGGUUUAUUUGUGUGUUUUUCCAGGUACAUGAAGUCAAAACUGCAGAUGCUGUUUUGACUUCAUGUAAUUAUAGUAUGUUUCAUUAACAAAUAACAGGUUAAGUGUAUGUAUGUUCAUUUUGUUGUGAAUAGUUUUUUAAGGCAUUUGGGGAAAAAUGGCUAGCCAAACUUGAGUCCUGGAGGGGGAUUUACACUCUGAAGGAAAGGUGAGAUGUUGCAGUUUGAAAGGUCAUAUGAAGUGUGAUAUCUGCUCACUUCAGGCAAGAAAGCUAUUGAAGGAUUGAUGGUGAAUGUAUGUUUUUUUUUUAUUUUUAUGUUCAACCUUCCUUGUUGGGAGACAGCCACUUUCAUUAAAAAAUGCUGUAAGGAUUGUUAUAUUAUUAUUAUUAUUAUUAUUAUUAUUAUUAUUAUUAUUAUUAUUAUUAUUAUUAUUAUUAUUUUUUAAUGCACUGGCUGUCUCUCACCGAGGCAGGGUGACCCGAAAAAGAAAGUCUUUCAUCAUCAUUCGCACUAACACUGUCUUUCCAGAGGUGUGCUGAUUUGACAGUUUAGAUGCCCCUCCAAACAGCAAAUAUCGCAAACCCAUCCUUUAUAGUGCAGGCACUGUACUUUCCACCUCCAGGACUCAAGUCCAGGUAACUGGUUUCCCUGAAUCCAUUCACACUGCUCACACUGCAACAGCUCAUCAGGUCCCAAAAACCAUUUGUUUCUGCUCCUAUCUAACAUGCUCACACAUGCCUGCUGUAUGUCCAAGCCCCUUGCACACUAAACCUCCUUUACCUCUUCCCUCCAUUCUUUCCUAGGAUGACCUCUAUCUUGCCUUCCCUCCACUGCAGAUUUAUACAUCCUCCAGGUCAUCUUAUUUUGCUCCAUCCUCUCAGAAUGACCAAACCACCUCAACAACCCCUCCUCAAUUCUCUGAAUAAUACUUUUUAGUAGCUCUUUACUUCCUUCUAAUUUCCAAACUACGAAUUCUCUGCAUGAUAUUUACACUGACAUUACAUCUCCACUGCCUCCAACUUCUUCCUCACCGCAACAUUCACAACCCAUGGUUCGCACCCAUAUAAGAGUGUUGGUACUACUAUACACUCACACAUUCCCCUCUUUAUCUUCCUGGAUAAUGUUCUUUGUCUCUACAAAUACCUCACUGCACCAUACACCCUUUUUUUUUUCCUUUCAAUUCUAUGGCUUACCUCAUCUCGUAUACCCAUUUACCGACACGUCCACUCCCUAAUACUUUCUGAACACAUUCACUUCUCCAUACUUCUUCCCUCCAAUCUGAUAUCCAAUUUUUCACUGCCUAACUUGUUUGAUACCCUUACUCUUGUCUAUGUUCAUUUUCAACUUCCUGUACACACCAUCACAAACUCGUCCACUAACCUUUGCAACUUCUCUUCAGAAUCUCCCAAAAGCACAGUAUCAUCAGCAAAAAGUUACUGUGCUGACUCCCAUUAUUAUUAUUAUUAUUAUUAUUAUUAUUAUUAUUAUUAUUAUUAUUAUAGAUAGUGCAGUAAAGCUGUUCAUGCUGAACAAAAUUCUGCCCAUAUUUUCAAGUUUGAAUAAAGUUACAAAAAUUAAAGAAGGAAAGAAAGUAAAAAAAAAGGACAAAUGUAUUUUGGAAAAUUACAUAUUACAGUGAAGCCCUUAGGAAAGGUUCUGAAAGUUAUUUUUUAUUUCACCUUUGUAAAGUCUGGUGCAGUGCUGUAUGGCCCUUGUGGGUUUGGCACUUAGUUAUGAUUGUAAUGUAAAGUCUGGCUAAAUUUAUUUUGAGAUGUCCUUUCACCAUGUGCAGAAUAUUUGCCAAACAAUUUUGUUUGUGCUUUCUGUAUGAAAAGCAACUAUGCAUUUUAGGCAUGAUGAUUGAACAUGCCUGAAUUAUAAUUUAAAGUUCUUUGUAUACAAACAAAGAAUUGUAAUGAAGAUCCACGUGUACAUAUUUUUCUGUCAGGUAAUUAAUUUUCUUUGUAUGUUCUCCAAACUUUUGUAAAUUCAUUAUUUAUUUCUUGUCAGUAAGUCACUAUUAUUAUCUCAUAUUUCUUAAAUUCUGUUGUAAGUUAAUCACAAAUCUCACUCUGUAUAUGUUUGGUUAUAUUAUUGUGUAUGUAACAUAGCAGUAAAUAAUAACUUAACUAGGAACUCAACAGGAUAAUUUUCAGAUUAUUGUUUGCAUAUGAUAAGUAUUAAAUACAGUAAUACAGUACUGUACAGGUUUAUGAUUUAAGGGCAGAGUUAAUUUUUGCUUUCCUCCGAAUUUAUAGUCUGUCUUUGUUAUACAUGCAAGACUUUGUUUUGUGUCAUAAGAGCAUAAGUAGUAGUUUUAAUCAAUCUUAUUUGUGAAAUAUUUUAUUUCCAAUUGAGGAAUUUGUCUUGGAAUAGGCCAUAGGUCUGAUGAUUCCUGGAACCAAUUAAAGUACAGUAUAUAAUUUAUAAAAAUUGUAGAGAGAACAAAAGGAGCAGGAAAUAAAGUACAAACUCUUAAUAA